GGAGUCGCCGGCUCUUCUAACAUCCCUUUCAUUACCUUUUUGUUUAUUUGGUGUCAGGCCUCAUCCCUGCUUCCAACAUGUCGAUGGACCUGGAUGCGCCGGUGCCUUUCGAGGCCAUCCCGCAAGAUCAGAUCGCUGCGACUAUCCUGUGUUGCAACUGUGGCGCGCCCAUCGAUGGAACAACAUCCGCAGGCGCCCUUUGCCAGGACUGUGUGAAAUUGACGGUUGAUAUCUCCCAGGGCAUCCAGAGAGAGGCAGUUCUCCACUGCUGCAAGGACUGCGAGCGGUGGCUUCAACCUCCCACCAGCUGGGUUAGUGCUGCGCUCGAAUCGAAGGAACUCCUCGCACACUGCUUGCGCAAGCUCCGCGGCUUGUCCAAGGUUCGCAUUAUCGAUGCCAGCUUCAUCUGGACCGAACCCCACUCGAAGCGUAUUAAGGUCAAGAUCACCAUCCAGCAGGAGGCAUUCCAGGGCACCAUUGUGCAGCAGACUUUCGAGGUUGAAUACGUUGUCGCCUCGCUACAAUGCCCUGACUGCAAGAAGUCGUUCACUGUCAACACUUGGAACUCCAGCAUUCAGUUGCGCCAGAAGGUUCCUCACAAGCGAACCUUUUUGUACCUUGAGCAAAUCAUCCUCAAGCACAACGCUCACCGUGAUACAAUCAACAUCAAGGAGGCCAAGGACGGUUUGGAUUUCUACUUUGCGCAGAGGAAUCAUGCGGAGAAGAUGGUCGAGUUCCUCUCCUCCGUCGUCCCCACCAAGGUCAAGAAGUCGCAGGAGCUGAUCUCCAUGGAUAUCCACACCUCUACGAAGUCAUACAAGUUCACCUUCUCGAUCGAAUUGAUUCCUAUCUGCAAGGAUGAUUUGGUUGCGCUGCCCAUCAAACUCGCCAGAUCGCUGGGCAACAUCUCGCCCCUGGCCCUCUGCUACCGCGUCGGUACCUCUGUCAACCUUCUCGACCCUAACACGCUCCAGACCGCCGAUGUCCCGACCAACACCUACUGGAGAUCACCCUUCAGGAGUCUUGCCGAUGUGACGGAGCUGACCGAGUUCAUCAUCAUGGACAUUGAGCUGGUUGGACGGUCGAACGGACGGUUCUAUCUGGCCGAGGCAACCGUUGCCCGUGCCUCGGAUCUUGGCUCGAACGAUCAAACCUACUUCACCCGCACUCACCUGGGUGGAGUACUCCACGUCGGUGACUCCGUCCUCGGUUACCACCUGACUGGUACUAAUUUCAACGACCCCAACUUCGAGGCGAUCGAGGCUAGUGGCCAGUACAGCUCCGCGAUUCCCGACGUUGUGCUCGUGAAGAAGUUCUACGCCCGCAAGAAGAAGAACAAGAACCGCAACUGGCGUCUCAAGCGCAUGGCUCUUGAGUACGAGGAAGAGGCGGCCCAGCAAGCUGCUGGCAACCUCAAUCGUAAGCAGGAAGCCGAGCGCAACCGCCUUGAAGAGGACUUUGAGAUGUUCUUGCGCGAUGUUGAAGAGGAUCAGGAACUGCGUGGCACUCUUGAUCUGUACAAGGCACGGAACCGUGCCCCCGUGGAGCACGGUGGUAUGGAUAUGGAUGAGGAUAGCGAAGAUGAUGAGGUGCCCAAGAUCAACAUGGAUGAGCUGCUUGAUGACUUUGACGAGUUGAACAUGGACGAUGACCAUUAAGUUCCACGGGACUUUUUUUAAUCACGACUGCACAUAGGGGUUUCUGGCGUUUUCAUGGCUAUUCUGAUAUCGUUAUGGUUAACAAUAUCCGGUCUGAUACACAAAAAGUUGGGUAUAUAGAUGAAGUGAAUGAUUAGACAUUGAUUAGGAGUGAAGUCUGAGUUGU